AUGGUCUUGCAGGUGCCUCUCUUCAGGCUCCAGUGCGGAGUCAACUCCUACGAAUGGGGUAAGAAGGGAGAGGACUCGGCUGCUGCGCGCUUCGCGGCCACGACGCCGGCCGAAGGCUUCAGCGUCCAGUCCGACAAGCCAUACGCAGAACUCUGGAUGGGCACCCACCCCUCGAACCCCUCAAAAGACCUCCAAUCCGGCCGAACCCUCCUCGACCUCGUUCAAGACAAUCAACAGCUCCUCUCCGCCCCCGUCGCCUCCAGAUACGGCUCCAAGCUGCCCUUCCUCUUCAAGGUCCUCUCCAUCAACAAGGCCCUCUCCAUUCAAGCCCACCCGAACAAGAAGCUCGCCGGACAGCUGCACGCCCGCGACCCUAAGAACUACCCCGAUGACAACCACAAGCCUGAGAUGGCCAUCGCCAUCACCCCUUUCGAGGGCCUCUGCGGCUUCCGUCCUCUCGCCGAGAUCUCUCACUUUCUUUCCACCGUACCCCCGUUGAGGAGCCUUGUGAAGGAGGACAAGGCCGACGAGUUCAUCAACACGGUCAAGGGCGAGGAGGAGACCGAGUCCGCCGAGACCAAGAAGCGCAACAAGACUGCCCUGCAGCACGUCUUUGCCUCCCUCCUGUCCGCCACAAACGAAGAGAUCGAGAAAGAGACGGAGCGCCUUGUCGCCCUCGCCAAGUCGGAAGGCAGCGACUUCGCAGGCGGCGGCGCAGGUGAAAGUGACGGCGCGACUCUGUCGGAGCUCAUCAUCCGCAACCACGCUGAAUUCGGUGCAGACAUCGGCUUGUUCGUCCUGUUCUUCCUCAACUACGUUAAAAUGGAGCCGGGCGAAGCCAUGUUCCUCCAAGCCGACGACAUCCACGCCUACCUCUCGGGCGACAUCAUCGAAUGCAUGGCCGCCUCCGACAACGUCGUCCGCGCCGGCUUCACCCCCAAGUUCAAGGACGUACCCACGCUGGUCGACAUGUUGACCUACAACUACGCCCCCAUCGACGAGCAGAAGAUGUCUCCCUCCGAGUACCCCUACGCCACCCUCAACCGCACCGCCUACAGCUCCGGGUCGGCGGUCAUCCUGUACGACCCGCCCAUCGACGAGUUCAGCGUCGUUCGCUCGCUGCUCAAGGGCGACGGCUCCAAGGCCACCUUCGACCCCCUCGAGGGCCCCAGCAUCAUCCUCUGCACGUCGGGCAAGGGCACCAUCGCGGUCGGUCCCACCGUGGAGAAGAUCAGCGAGGGCCACGUCUUCUUCGUGGGGUCGACGGCCGAAGUAGUGCUGCAAUCCGAGGGCGGCCCGGAUGACGAGUUCAUUACAUUCAAGGCGUUUUGCGAGAUUGACGAGAUGGCGGAGGAAAAGCUGUAA